AUUCUCCCUCCAUCAACACGUUACAAAACAUUCGGUCACUGACGUCACUGCUCACUGCACGUGUGCAGCUCGUAGUGAAGUUGCUGUGCGAGAAUACUACUGAAUACUGCAAAUCUCUGCUGCAUGUGGCUAUCAAAAUCGAAACAUGGCAAGAAAGAAAACAGCAGAUGACAUUCACGCUAAGAGCAAGAAAAACAAUGUAUCUAGUGGUGGUGUGAAGAAACGAAAAAAGAGCGAGAGUUCAAGCGAAUCGCUCUCCAAGAAAGUGAAAGCUAAAAAAGACGAGAAAGCCUCAGGGACCGGAAACAAGCAGCCUGCCUUGAAGUGCUCAGCAAAUCCAAGGAGAGGAAGCCAUGGGAGCAUACUGCACUACUUAUACAAGAGCUCCCUUGGCCAGAACAUUCGCUCUCACCUGCGACAGUGUCUACAGGAGCCCUUUGUGCGUUCGCUGGCCUCCUACGGGCUCCACAGGACGGCCAGCCCGUUUGACCGCAGGGUCACCUGCCUGGAAUGGCACCCCACACUACCCACAACGCUGGCCGUAGGCUCUAAAGGGGGAGACAUCGUACUAUGGGACUACGAGAGGCCUAACAAAAUGUCCUUUGUGCAAGGGAAAGGAGCAUGUGAUUUCAUUGGUGGGAUGAAGUUCUGUCCGUCGGACUUGUCCAGGGUCUACACAGCUUCGGGUGAUGGUUCCCUGACUUUGCGGAGCUUUCACGGUGUCUCCUCUCAGACCCUCUCGACAACCCAGGACUGUGGCCACACUCACCACAAUGUUUGUUACUGGUAUUGCUGUGUGGACGUGUCUGUUAGCCGCCAGAUGCUAGCCACAGGGGACAACACUGGACGACUCGUUCUUCUGGGCUUGGAUGGCCACAAGAUAUUUAGUGACAAACUGCACAAAGCCAAAGUGACCCAUGCCGAGUUCAACCCUCGCUCUGACUGGCUCCUGGCCACGGCCUCAGUGGACAGCACGGUCAAGCUGUGGGACCUGAGACAGCUCAAGGACAAGAAGAGCUUCCUGCAUGAAUUGCAGCACAACAAACCCGUUAACUCGGCCUACUUCAACCCCACCGACAGCUCAAAGCUGCUCACCACAGACCAGGGGGAGGAGAUCAGGGUCUACGCCUCAUCUGAUUGGUCCAAGCCAGAGCACAUCAUUCAGCAUCCUCACAGACAUUUCCAGCACAUCACAUCCAUCAAGGCCACCUGGCAUCCAAUAUAUGACCUCAUUGUAGCUGGUCGUUACCCUGAUGAGCGGUUCUGUGUUGGUGAUGUUAGGUCUGUUGACGUCUUUGACGCAAACACAGGGUAUCUGUUGCGUCAGAUGCUUGACCCCAACGCCAAGGGCAUCAUAUCUCUGAACAAGUUCAACCCUCUGGGUGAUGUGCUGGCCUCAGGAAUGGGCGUCAAUAUUCUGGUUUGGAAAAGGGAGGAGAUUGUGAGUGGCAUGCAGGAGAGCCUGCUGCAGAGGAGGAAGGAAGAGGGCAGAGUCCGGCCUGGAACAUCCAGAGUGCGGAGCCCGCAACAGCGCCCUCCCAGGGACAGAAGGGGAAAUGCAGAGGAUUUGAAGCUGAAGAAAAAAUUGGCAUCGCUGGAGUCAACAGAGACCAAAUCCAAGACGCAGAGGAGCAGGAAGAAAUGAGACAGAGACUCUGAUUGGUCCCAGUUUGCACCGAGAAGCUGAGAAAUUGACAACAUAGUAUAUUACUACAAGGUGUUCUCAAACAGACCUUUAUUUUUCUGGCUUGGAUCAAGGCAGUUGUGACCAGCCAAACAUUCCCUGCUGUCAGUACAAAAAACGUUAUGUAUCAAGCUGUUUUCUGUAAUGUAUGUUCAAAUUGAUAUAUCAAUACUUUUUUACAUUAAAGUUUCUUUAAUAUUCA